AUGUCACGUGAAUGGUCAGUCCGUUUCGGCGCUCAUUUAUACUUAACGCUAAGCAAAACGAGCACCUACCAAACGCCCUCAUCACUCAACUCCAGCAACUCCUUUGCCAUGUUCAACAAAUUCAAAACGAAAACAGAUAAGCUCUCUGUUCCCUCUGCGAUUAAAUCUGUCAGCUCCGUGACCAAUGCCAUCAAAACCGUAAGACAGACGGAUCUCUCCGACAAGCUCUCCUCCGCCUCGUUCCAGCUCGACGACCUCGCACGCUACGGAGUCGACGGGCUCAUUGACGGAAUGGGCUUUGACCCAGUGCAAAGCUUGCUUGCAGUUUCGACCUCCGCAGGCCAGAUCCAUGUCUACGGUCAACAUCAAGUGGCGGUCACACUCGAGACGCCCACCCCCAACCCCGUGAUCACGCUCAAAUUUGUAAAGGGGGUGUAUCUCGUGGCGAUCGAUUCAGAGGAUACGAUCUUGGUAUACUCGCUCGAGUCAAAGAAACUCCUUUCAAACUAUAAAGCGGCCGCCGCCAUUAUCAGCGUGGAGUCAGACCCCUCGUUGGACUGGCUCCUCUUGGGACUUGCGACCGGGAUAGUGGUGGCGUUCGACGUGGACCGGUUUAGCUUGGCGCCUUUUAAGAUUGCAAACUUGACGCACCCGCGCGGCCGCAUUGUGUCAUUGAAGUGGCACCCGCGCGAGCUCGGCACGUUGUUAGUUGCAACCACGGACGCGGUCCAUAUCUACUCCGUUGCGACCGAAGAAGUCAAGCAGACGUUUGCAUAUGCGAUCCCCGCGGGGGCCCCUGGCGGCGGCGACCGUGACGGAACGCGGAACCCAACCGUCACCAACGCCUUAUGGCACCCCAACGGCCUUAACAUCGUGUCCUUCUACGAAGACAACUCCCUUGUCUUCUGGGACGCGGUCUCGGGCCAGCUUCUCCAGGCGCGCACUUUGUACGACACCUAUGUGGACCGCGCAACUACCCGACUCACGUGCCCCGUAGUGGAGCAGACCCCCAUCAUCAAGGUGUGCUGGAUCACGGGUGAGAAUCCGGAUGUGACGUCGUUAGUGAUGCUUGGUGGCGAGAUAAACUUUGACGGAGGCGUCCACUCGCUUACCGUAAUGCACUUUGGUGCCGCACCCACGUACUCCAUCACGUCCUACGAAAAGAUGGCCGAGUACUACGCGCAUCCCGCGUCCCACAAGCAGAUCCCGCUCCACACGACGUCGCAGAUCAUUGACUUCCUCCCCUUGCCACGCCUGUCGCCCCACUUCAAUGGCUCUCAUAACCCGUCACACUUGCUUGUCUUGCAGGAUGACGGUCAACUCCAGCUCAUGGACUGCGACACGUGGGGCUCGGACACGCGUGCGUGCAAACUCCCGCCCGACUUGACGUACCUCCUCCCUGCCAGCACGUGCAUCGCUGCGACCGAGAUCGAGCGCAAUGCCUGGUUGAACAUGGUAUCUGCGGCCUUAAAAGCGCAGCGCUCUGCUCAGAUCUUACAGGGUGGACUCCCCACCAAGCGCCCCGUGCGCCUCUAUGGUAUGCGCUCUGUAAUGAUCACGGGCCACGCCAAUGGCAGCGUGCGUCUUUGGGACGCCAGCUACGGUGAGAUCGACGAGACGGCUGUGCUUGAGACCAAUUUGGGCGAUGUGUUGCAGGGUAUUGCGACCCACGUGGCCAUUUCACGUGUCUCCUACGCAACGGACGUUGCCGAAAUGUCUGUCGCCAUGGGCAGCGGUGUUGCGAUGCUCAAGUUCGGCCGCAAUGUGCGCUACUCUGCCGCUGCGGCCUGGGGCAGUGUCGACACCAUGCGCAAGCUUGUGGUUAAUGAGCACAGCAUGUGUGACUUGGUGCAGCGGUACCCCAAUGUGAAGGAGGGGCUCUUACCGACACACUACUUCCAGCGCCCCGGGGUUGUCACCGCUCUAAAGCACAGCGGUAUCGGUUUGAUUGCAGUGGGAUACGAGUCCGGCCAGUUGAUAAUCAUCGACAACCGAGGCCCAGCUGUCAUCUUCGACAAAAACAUUGGCAAGUAUGGUGACCGAGGGGCCGUCACGGCGGUAGAAUUCUCCAUAAUGCAACACGAAGACGACACUUAUUCGUCCAUUCUCUGCUAUGUGGGCACCGCCCCCGGUGGCUUGUUUGCGUUCAAGAUCUUGCCGGACAGAGAGGGGCGGUACAUGGCAAGAUUUGUCGGGCUGGCUCUGUCCGAGGGCUCUGCCAUCCACAGCAUCACCACACUCAACGCCGAAACCGGCGAGUCCGCCGCGGCGUUGCUCAAGCACUUCGAGACGCUCGGCGCCGGUGUGGUGGUACCCCCAAUGAUCAUUGUCGCCUCUAGCAGGUCCGUCCGGGUGUUGAGGGGCCUCAAGACCAAAGUUGCACAGCGGAGCUUCGAUGUGCGGGUCUUGGGGUGUGGGACCGUUACGGUGCACGUAGAUCUCUCGCGUGACCCCGCGAACCCGACCUAUACACCGCGCACCGCCGUCGUACUUACUCUCGUGGACUCGGUGCGCGUGUUGUCGGUGCCGGAGCUCAGGGACCUCCAGACCCUGAGUUUACCGUUUGGCGUGAGCGCUGCGGAUGCUGCGUACAAUGUGACAGUUUUACCUUGCGGCGACGUGGUGCUCCGCAAGAGCGCCACCUCCGUGGCUUUGGUGAGCAUCUUGGGCAAAGGCAUUACCCAGCAUACGUACCCACCUGACGUAUUGUUUAAUCGCAAGAUGUACUUGCCGCCGCGCCCGACGAUGAACGUGAUGUCGUACGCCCGUGGCAGCAAGCCGCUCACCCGCGACCAGUUGAACGAGGCUAUGGGCGGCCCGAAGCGCCGCAAAGGAACCAUUCUCGAGGUCGAAUUGGGCGACAAGAUCGUGGCGGGGACAGCGAUCUAUGCCCCACGCGAGACACAGGAAUACGAGCAGGUCGGAAACUACGAGCGCAAGAACGCUUACUCCGCCGCCGCCACGCGUAACUUCAACGGUCUCGUCCGCAGUGUGCAGUCGGGCAUUGAUACCGUGAACGAACGCCUCAACACCGCCGGCGCGCUUGCCUCUCAGAAGGCCGACGAAGCCAAUGACGCGAUCGUCAAGGGAGCGUUCAAGAGCAAAUUCGGAAUGUCGUAG